CACCUAAACCUUCUUCUCGUCUUCCACGCCACCGUCGUCGUCGAUUCCAUUUCGACGGCAAUCAGUCCGACGACCUCGCCGUCGCCGCCCGCCCGGCGAUGUUCGCCAAGCGCCUCUUCCACAAGGCACUCCACCAUCACCACCAGCAGGGAGGGGGAGGAGCACCACCAGCUGCACCUGGGGGCGUACCCCAAAUGGACGCGCAGAUCGCGCUUCACUACGGGGUGCCCUACACGGCCUCAAUACUCGCCUUCGAUCCCGUACAGCGCCUCCUCGCCGUCGGAACGCUGGAUGGUAGGAUAAAAAUAUUUGGAGGUGAUAACAUUGAAGGCAUUCUUAUAUCACCAAAGAGUGUGCCAUACAAAUUCUUGCAGUUUAUAAUAAACCAGGGGCUUCUGGUUGCAGUUUCUAAUGAAAAUGAAAUCCAGGUAUGGAAUCUUGAGUUCAGGCAACUGUUUUAUUCAUCCCAGUGGGAUGUCAACAUUACUGCUUUUGCAGCCAUAGAGUGGUCCUUUCUGAUGUACCUUGGAGACGAGAAUGGUCUUCUUUCUGUAUUGAAGUAUGAGGUAGAUGAUGGGAAGCUUCAAAUAAUGCCAUAUAAUGUUCCUAUCCAGUCCUUAGCCGAAAGAGCUGGUAUUUCCUUACAGGAUCCUCAACCUAUUGUUGGAAUAUUGAUCCAACCUGACACUUUUGGGGCAAGGGUGCUAAUUGCGUAUGAGAAAGGGUUGCUGGUUCUUUGGGAUGUAUCUGAUAACAAUGCAGUUUCUGUUAGAGGCUAUGGGGAUUUACACAUGAAGGGUCAAAUCACUGGUGCUCAGAGGGACGCUGAUGAAGAUCAAUUGAACGAUGCUAUUGAUGGCAGUGAAGAAGAAAGAGAAAUUUGCUCUCUUUGUUGGGCAUCAAGAAGGGGCUCAAUCGUUGCUGUUGGCUAUAUAACAGGAGACAUACUUCUAUGGGAUAUGAAUACAAGAACACCCAGGCAAGACAAGCAAAUCGAUGUUUCAUCUAAUGUUGUUAAGCUGCAGCUGGCUUCAGGGAGUCGGAGGCUUCCUGUCAUUGUAUUGCAUUGGUCUGCUGGGUCAGCAAUUCAUUCUAAUAAAGGAGGGCAUCUUUUUGUAUAUGGUGGUGAUGAUAUGGGAUCUGAAGAAGUUCUCACGGUUCUCAGCCUGGAGUCGACUGCUGGAUUAGAAUCAGUAAGAUGCAUGUCAAGGAUGGACCUCAAACUUGACGGAUCCUUUGCUGAUAUGAUUCUUAUUCCUGAUACUGGGGUUCCUGAUAAAAGCAGAACUUCUGCACUUUUCAUUUUGACAAAUCCUGGACAACUGAAUUUUUAUGCUGAUGGGUCUCUAUUUUCUGUGCAAAAUACAAAAGAGGGAAAUGAUCUGCCUGAAGCACAAAAAUUUCCAGUUGCCGUUCCUACCAUUGAUCCCAACAUAACAGUCACAAAUCUUUGUUCACUAACCGAAAGAGAACUUUCAAAUAUUUCACUGAAGAAAUUUUGUGCUAGGCAGAAUGCUGGACCUUUCAUAUUAGGGAACAUGAAAUGGCCUUUGACUGGCGGGGUUCCAAGUGUGAUGUCACUGAACGAGGAUCAUGCUGUUGAAAGGCUAUACAUUGCAGGCUAUCAAGAUGGUUCUGUGAGAAUAUGGGAUGCAACAUUUCCUGUACUGAUGCCAAUGUUUGUCUUGGAUGGAAAGGUGGCUGAUAUUGAUUUGGCUGGGGCAAAUGCUUCUGUAUCAUCUUUGGCCUUUUGUUCAUUAAACAUGACUUUGGCUGUUGGGACAACAAGUGGUCUGGUACGCAUCUAUAAACUUCGUGAGCACACUGGGGGCUCAAGCUUUCACUUUGUGAGUGAAUCUAAGCAAGAAGUUCAUGUUGUUCAUCACGAGAAAGGAUUCCAUUGUUAUGUUGCCUUUUUGGCAUCAAAUUUCCCAGUGCGAUCUCUAUUAUUUGCAGCUUCAGGGGAAGCACUUGCCACAGGCUAUCAGAACGGUCAGGUGGCAAUGCUUGAUCUAAGUCAGCUAUCAAUUCUAUUCACUGUAGAUUGUGCAUCAGGAACAAACUCCCCUGUUGUUUCCUCAGGCAUUUACAGUGUUACGGCAUCUGAUACAAAAGCAAAUGAAUCAGAGAAAGAGAGUCCUCAAAAAGCAAAGUUACUCAAAGAUUUUCUUCUUUCCUUGACAAAGGAUGGCCGUGUUACUGUACUUGACUGCACAGCGGGUGUGAUGAUGAAUUCACAUAUCUUAGAUCAGAAGCAAUCAUCUGCAAUUUCCAUGUAUGUCAUAGAUGGAGCUUCAGAUGGGAAGCAAACCCAAUUAUCAGAGGACCCAAUAGGGAGUCAAGGUCAUACAGGAAAAGAAGGCAAUGAUGUUGACAAUAAACAAGCACCAGGAGUUGGAAAGCACCUGAAAAAUGCUUCCCACCUUUCACAAAAUGGUGGUUCAGAUUCACUUCUUCUGGUCUGCUGUGAGGAUGUUUUGCUUUUUUUAUCCCUUGCAUCAUUGAUUCAGGGAAACAACAAGUAUCUACAUAAGGUGAAACUUGCAAAACCUUGUUGCUGGUCAGCAGUUUUGAAGAAUAUGGAUGGCAAGAUUUGUGGGUUGAUAUUGGCUUAUCAGACUGGCACUAUAGAAUUGAGGUCUGUGCCAGAUCUGGCUAUUGUUGCUGAGAGCUCCUUGAUGUCGAUAUUGAGAUGGAGUUACAAGGCAGGCAUGGAUAAAUCCAUGAGCUCCUCAAACGGACAAAUUACUCUGGUAAAUGGAUCUGAAUUUGCAAUCAUAUCUCUCAUGGCCUCAGAGAAUGACUUCAGGAUUCCAGAAUCUCUGCCGUGCCUUCAUGACAAAGUUCUUGCAGCAGCUGCAGAAGCAGCUAUUAGUUUCUCAACUGAGCAGAGAAAGAAGCAGAAUCCAGCAGCAGGAAUCCUUGGUGGAAUCAUUAAAGGAAUGAAAGGCAAGGCUGAAGAAAGUGCAAAAAUGAGAGAAAACUUCACUGCGCAAACCCCCAGCGAACAUUUGGAGUCAUUUUUCUUGAAAGAUUCAUUUGUUGAACCAUCAAUGCCCAUUCUUGAUGACCCGAUAGAAGAACUGUCAAUAGAUGACAUAGAGAUUGAUGACGAAGUACCCGCCCCGGCAUCAGCAUCAUCCUCUACAUCCCACAGGAACAAGAGAGCAACAGAGGAGGAGAGAGAGAAGCUUUUUGAAGGGUCAAGCGAUGUUGGUAAACCAAGAAUGAGAACUCCGCAGGAAAUUCUGACAAAAUAUAAAUUUGGCGGGGAUGCAGCAGCUGCUGCUGCUCAUGCCAAGGAUAAGCUGAUGCAGCGGCAGGAGAAACUGGAGAGAAUAAGCCAGCAAACCGCGGAGCUUCAGAAUGGAGCAGAAAACUUUGCUUCCCUGGCGCAGGAGCUUGCGAAAACCAUGGAGAACAAGAAGUGGUGGAAGCUAUAAUCCGACAAAGAGAUAUUUUGUGUGUAUAUCAUUGGACGAUCACAUCCAAUUGUUGCACUUGCACGCGGUCAGUCCGGUGCUGUGUACAUUAGUAUCAUCACUUAUUUGCUACCUGUGGAACCUUUGCAGCCGGUAUUGCAGAGGUUUCAUUGUAAUUAUUCGGUAGCUAGCUUAGGGACGUCGUGCCGUGUUGUAUACUAAAAACCAGCAUCAGCAGCACGCAAAUCUUAUGUUGUGUAUUGUGUACUAAGCAAAGGGUCAUUUUUUUCUUGUUACUGAUGUAAAAAUAAAAGGAGACAGUG